AUGUCUGAGCUCAGUUUCAUGGGAAUCAACUUGGUGAUGAAAAUAUUGCAGUUUCUACCUGAACGGAUUUUCUUUCGAUGGCAUUACCAGAGUAUAGGCUCAACUUUAAAGAAGCUUUUACACACUGGAAAUUCCAUUAAGAUAAGAUGUGAAGGCAUUAGGUUGUUUCUUUUAUGGCUUCAAGCGCUUCAGACAAACUGUGCAGAAGAACAGGUGCUGCUUUUUGCUUGCCUUGUGCCUGGUUUCCCAGCAGUCAUGUCUUCCAGAGGGCCAUGUACACUGGAGACACUCCUCAAUCCUAGCCCUAAUGUAGCUGAAGCAAAGAUAUAUCCAGAAGAAAUCACUCCACUCCUACCAGCCGUAUCAGGGGAAAAGAUCACUGAAGACCAAACAUGCUUUUUUCUUCAGAUAUUGUUAAAGUAUAUGGUUAUUCAGGCUGCAAGCUUGGAGUGGAAAAACAAGGAGAAUCAAGAUACUGGUUUUAAAUUUCUUUUUACUUUGUUUCAAAAAUAUUAUCUUCCUCAUUUAUUUCCAUCAUUUACUAAGCUGACAAAUAUCUACAAACCUGUACUAGACAUCCCUCAUCUAAGACCAAAGCCAGUGUACAUUACUACAAUUCGGGACAAUGAAAGCAUUUACAGUACAAAAAUUCCAUACAUGGCAGCUCGUGUUGUUUUCAUUAAGUGGAUUGUAACUUUCUUUUUAGAAAAAAAGUAUCUAACUACAACACAAAACACUAAAAAUGGAGUUGACGUAUUGCCCAAAAUUAUCCAGACUGGUGGUGGUGGUACAAUGCCAGAGAGAGUACCGGAAUUAGAUGGUGGCAUGCCCACAGAGGAAGAUAAAAACCAUUCUAACAGUAGCACUUUGUCUGACCGAAGACUCAGUAACUGCAGCCUUUGUAGCAUAGAAGAAGAGCACCGAAUGGUAUAUGAAAUGGUACAGCGAAUCCUCUUGUCAACUCGAGGUUACGUCAAUUUUGUCAAUGAAGUAUUUCGUCAGGCAUUUUUGCUGCCUUCUAGUGACAUAGCUGUUACAAGAAAAGUAGUGCAAGUAUACAGAAAAUGGAUCCUCCAGGACAAACCUGUAUUCAUGGAAGAGCCAGAUAAAAAAGACAUCACUGAAGAAAAUACUGAAAAACUAGGAUUUUCAGAAACUGAUAGCAGGGAGGUCUCAUCCGAAAGUUCCGGUCAUAAGCGAUCCUCCAGUUGGGGGCGCACGUACUCCUUCACGAGUGCAGUGAGCAGAGGCUGUGUACUGGAAGAGGAAAGUAGCGAUGUGAAAGCUGGUGCCCAGGUUAUGCUGCAGGUGUUUUUGACAAAUGCUGCAAAUGUCUUUUUGCUGGAACCAUGUGCUGAAGUUCCCGUGCUCUUGAAAGAACAAGUUGAUGCCUGUAAAGCUGUUUUGAUUAUUUUUAGGCGUAUGAUAAUGGAGCUUACAAUGAAUCAAAAGACAUGGGAACAGAUGUUGCAAAUACUACUCAGGAUAACAGAAGCUGUGAUGCAGAAGCCAAAGGAUAAACAAAUGAAGGAUUUGUUUGCCCAGAGCUUGGCAGGGUUACUAUUUAGGACACUCAUCGUUGCUUGGAUCCGAGCAAACCUCUGUGUGUAUGUAUCUCGAGAGCUCUGGGACGACUUUCUCGGUGUGCUCUCUUCCCUAACGGAGUGGGAAGAGCUCGUAAAUGAAUGGGCUAACAUCAUGGACUCCUUAACAGCAGUGCUCGCAAAAACAGUUUACGGAGUUGAGAUGACAAACCUACCUCUGGAUAAACUAAGUGAACAAAAGGAGAAGAAGCAGAGAGGCAAAGGCUGUGUUCUAGAUUCUCAGAAAGGAAUUGCUGUGGGUAGAUCCUUUUCUCUCACCUGGCGGAGCCACCCAGAUGCCACUGAGCCAAUGAGAUUUAGGAGUGCUACUACAUCUGGAGCACCGGGGGUUGAGAAAGCAAGAAACAUUGUUCGCCAAAAAGCAACUGCUAAACGAAGUCAAUCUAUCGGCAACUGUGUUCACCUUUCUGAGGCUUUGCCUGCCACUAAAAGUGUCCCGCUCUUCCACACCAUGAGCGUUCUCUUACCUGGUCUCUCUUACUCUUCUUGCUCCCACAGCCUUUCAGAAGUGGAAGAAUGUCAACACUUAGAAAAUACACCUGGUAUAGAAGCUGGCCACCUCGUGGUGGAGGAACCACAGCAGCAGAUGUUUCGGAGCAGCAGCGCAUCAGAUAUCACUAACCAGCUGUGCUCAGAUGUGUCUCAUGGUCGAAAGAUAGAGAAUGCACAGAAUUCAAAUUUUUCAGACCCGAAACCUGUUCAAGAAAAUAAAGGACAUAUGAAAAAAGAACAUGAGAGAAUAACAAUCUUAGUUCGAAGAAGCAGCAGCCCUGUUGAAUUGGAUUUAAAAGAUGGUUUACAGCAGAUGCAAGGAAAACGUAGCGAAAGACAGAAGAGUGAAAGUGUCAGCAGUGACAUACCUCUGGGGUUUAACAAUGAGGCAGAGCUUUCCAUGGGUGCCUGGCAUAGCUCUGAAGAGGACCAAGAAUUGAAUACUCCCACAGAUGUUGCAGCUGACUCUGAUGCACACCAUUGGUUGCAACUGAGUCCCGCUGAUGCUUCAAAUUUAACAGAUAGUAGUGAAUGCCUCGCUGAUGAUUGUAGCAUUAUUGCUGGCGGGAACCUCACUGGCUGGCAUCCAGAUUCUGCUGCUGUGUUAUGGCGAAGAGCCUUAGGAAUACUUGGCGAUGUGAAUAAUAUCCAGUCACCUAAGAUCCACGCCAAAGUUUUUGGGUAUCUCUAUGAACUCUGGUACAAACUAGCAAAGAUACGGGACAAUUUAGCAAUAAGCCCGGAUAACCAGUCCUCUCCGUGUCCUCCAGCCUUAAUUCCACCACUGAGAAUAUUCGCACCAUGGCUUUUCAAGGCAACAACAUUGCCAAAUGAAUACAAGGAAGGCAAACUACAAGCCUACAGACUGAUCUGUGCCAUGAUGACCAGACGGCAAGACAUUCUGCCAAAUUCUGAUUUCCUGGUGCAUUUUUACCUGGUGAUGCACCUUGGAUUGACCAGUGAGGAUCAGGAUAUCUUAAAUACCAUCAUAAGGCACUGCCCACCCCGCUUCUUUUCCUUGGGCUUGCCUGGCUUCUCCAUGCUGAUGGGGGACUUCAUCACGGCUGCAGCCAGGGUCCUCAGGGCAGACUUGGUGGUGGCUCCUCAUGUGGAAGCCCUCACCAUUCUCGGUUCACUUGUUUGCUUUCCAAACACCUACCAAAAGAUCCCACUUCUGCAGUCAGUGCCAGAAGUUAAUGAAGUUGUCAGAGGAACCGACGAUAUCAAGCAUUACCUCAUAAAUAUUUUACUGAAGAAUGCUAUGGAGGAGCCAAAUGAAUGUGCAAGAUGCAUUGCCAUUUGCUCUCUCGGGGUCUGGAUUUGUGAAGAACUUGCACAGUGUACAAGGCAUCCCCAGGUGAAAGAGGCCAUCAAUGUGAUAGGCGUAACUCUGAAGUUUCCUAACAAAACCGUGGCUCAAGUAGCUUGUGAUGUUCUUCAGUUGCUGGUUUCCUACUGGGAAAAGCUUCAGAUGUUUGAAACAUUUCUGCCUAGGAAAAUUGCAGAAAUCCUUGUGGCCACAAUUGCUUUUCUUUUGCCAAGUGCAGAAUACUCCUCAUCAGAAACAGAUAAGAAGUUUAUUGUUUCUCUACUCCUUUGCCUCUUGGACUGGUGCAUGGCAUUGCCAGUGCCAGCCCUUCUUCACCCGGUGUCAACAGCACUCCUGGAUGAGCAGCACUCGACUAGAGCUCCCUUGUUGGAUUACAUCUACAGGAUCCUGCAAUGCUGUGUUUGUGGCUCAAGCACAUACACCCAGCAGAGUCACUACACAUUGACCUUGGCUGACUUAUCAUCCACGGAUUAUGACCCAUUUCUACCACUGGCAAAUGUGAAGAACUCUGAGCCAGUCCAGUAUCAUUCAUCAGCAGAAUUGGGUAGCCUGCUUACUGUUGAAGCCGAAAAGAAGAGAAGAAGUUUAGAAUUGAUUCCCCUGACUGCAAGGAUGGUGAUGGCCCAUCUGGUGAACCACCUUGGGCACUACCCCCUCAGUGGGGGCCCUGCCAUGCUGCACAGCCUCAUCAGUGAGAACCACGACAACACCCAUGUGGACUCUUCUGAGCUGUCCUGUGAGGUGUUCAAAAGCCCAAACCUGCAGCUGUUUGUGUUUAAUGACAGUACCCUCAUAUCAUACCUGCAAAUACCUACAGAGAGACCAGCAAGUGGCUCAUCCCUGGAUGCCCUCUCUGAUGUUAGAGUUAUUAUGAGGGAUAUAUCAGGGAAAUACUCUUGGGAUGGCAAAAUCCUAUAUGGACCUUUAGGCGGCUGCUUGGCUCCCAGUGGAACAAAUCCUUCAUUUCUCUUUUCAAGUUUGCAUCAUCAAACACUGAGACCUCGGGAAGACUUUUCUCAAAUUGAAGAAGGAGAGGACUUCCUUGACAAACUACUUGAAAAUAUUGGCCACACAAGUCCCGAGUGCCUUCUCCCAUCACAGCUAAAUCUUAACGAGCCCUCCUCACCCCCACGUGGAAUGAACCAUGACCAAGAGAAGGAAAUCAUAGAGGUCAUUUUGCGCCAGGAUACACAAGAAGAUGCGUAUGUUCAGAAGACUAACUCUGACUCUACUAUGAGAGUUACUGGUCAGCGACAGCCCAGGACAGUUGAGCCCCGGGAGCCAUUCUAUUUCUGCAGGUUAUUGCUUAAUGAUCUGGGAAUGAAUUCUUGGGACAGAAGGAAGAACUUUCAUCUGUUGAAGAAAAAUUCAAAAUUACUAAGAGAGCUAAAGAAUUUGGACUCACGUCAGUGCCGUGAAACACACAAAAUCGCAGUGUUUUACAUUGCUGAGGGUCAAGAAGACAAGUGUUCCAUCCUCUCCAAUGAGCAAGGGAGCCAAGCCUAUGAAGAUUUUGUUGCUGGACUUGGAUGGGAGGUGGACCUCUCAACUCACUGUGGUUUUAUGGGUGGCCUUCAGCGCAAUGGCAGCACAGGGCAGACAGCCCCCUACUAUGCUACCUCAACCGUGGAAGUGAUUUUCCAUGUUUCCACAAGGAUGCCAUCAGACUCAGAUGACUCACUCACCAAAAAGCUCCGUCACUUGGGGAAUGACGAGGUGCACAUCAUCUGGUCUGAGCACUCCAGGGACUACCACGGGGGGCUUAUCCCGACCGCCUUCGGGGAUGUUUUAAUCAUUGUUUACCCAAUGAAGAAUCACAUGUUCUUUGUCGCCAUAAGGAAGAAACCUGAGAUUCCAUUUUUUGGGCCUCUCUUUGAUGGAGCCAUUGUGAGUGGGAAGCUGCUCUCAAGCCUUAUCUGCGCCACAUGCAUCAAUGCCAGCAGGGCCGUCAAGGGCCUCAUUCCACUUUACCAGAGCUUCUAUGAAGAACGAGCUCUAUACCUCGAAGCAAUAAUGCAGAAUCACCGUGAAGUCAUGACAUUUGAGGAUUUUGCAGCCCAAGUAUUUUCUCCGUCUUCCAACUACCCCUUCAGUGGAAUGGAUUAAAAUAUGGAAAGGUCUGAUUACAAUAUUUGAGAAAGGGACCUGCCCACCAGCAGGAGGGCCAGGCUUGCAGGGCCUCCUCCCGCAGAGACACUUGAGCCACCUCCAUUCCUGCCCCAAACUCAGAGACUCUGGGAAACCUCACCCUUCUCAUGGUGCCCUCAGCAAGUCUCCCUAUGAACCAACUUUUGCAGUAAAAGGAGAAACCCACUACAGUUUUUCUACUGGGACUCUCAAGCUUUACUAUGCCUUCUUGUAUCACAUCCACAUGAGCCCUGGGCUUCCACUGAAGACAAAGUCGCUGACAACCAGAAACAAGGCGCAGUCACGUGGGCAUUGGCUGUGGCUGCACCAGGAGGAGCCCUAGGAAAUGAUUCUGAGGGGAGAGUGCGGAACCAGAGGGACAGUUGGUUCCUGUACUCCCAAGUGUUUGGGGGUUGGGGUUUUUUUGAUUUUCUUCUUGUGAACCCACAUGAUUCACAGAAGGGCUGGCCAAGUAACCACUAACCAGAUUGUUGAGAGGAAUUUUGUCAGCAUUGGUUUUUCUAGUUUUCCUUCUGUUAGAAUUUAUGGUUUACUCAAAAGUUUCAUCAUUGUAGAAAUGACCUUUCCCCAAGGUCUUUUGCUCAGGAGAAAUUUUACCUCCAUUUCUGGGUGUUUUUACACCUGGUGCCUAAUGCCUACUAAUGGAGACCUGAUCACCCAGCAGCCCCUCUAACAUACUCCCACCACAGAGCACUCAGAAGGUUUCUGAAAUACAGGGCCCUGUUCUCAUAUGAGCUCUGAUCAGACACAGCUCAGGCCAAUGCUAUAAAGUAGGCCUUUCCCGCUCCUGUGCCAGGGUGAGAGCCCCACAUACCCAUGUUGAAUUGCAUCCUAAAACUUCACCUUGGAAUUGUGCUCUCCUGCCUUUGCUCAGAGCAGGCCAACAUAGGGGCUUAGAAUUAUUUGUCACACAGAGUUAUAGGAGAACACAUUUUAAGCAAGGGAUUUAAUCCUUACUUUUUACUCAUUUGGCUCCGAAGGGGUCAAUGAGGCUGUUUUAAAGGGGUCAGUAAGCCUUGCAUUUUGCCUCUGGGUGGGUUCUGCCUGUCUAGCAGCAGGGAAACCAGGAAUAGGGGAGCCCUCUCUUACACAGGCCGUCUGCUUCCCAACCAAACUUCCCCACCCUCACAAGUAGGGUCCUCCAAGUUCACAACUCUGUUGCCCACCAAAUGGCCUUUCUUCUUUUUAGAUUAGUUCAAAGCUCCAGGUCUUUCUGAAAGUCACAACAUCAGAGCACCAAGGGAAGCUCAGCCACAAAGAGAGAGCCCCCAAACGCAGAUGCCCCCUUUCUCUCUGCCCACGGUGUUACCUCCACUUCCUCACCACCCCCAGAGUGGGCAUGCUCCCUGAGACUCAGUCGUUCCCUUCAAUAUUGCAUUUGCUUAGCACGUAUGUGACUUCUGCAGAUGAAAUGGGCAGGCACACUCUCGAAACAAUGAGCAGGAACUGAGAGCACCUCUCUUAUCAAAGAUGGACCUUCAAGUUCCCACGAGGAUUGUUUUUCUGCCUCAUAAGGGAUUGCAGGCCUAGCACCCUCAGACAGAAGCAGCUUGAGGAAUAUUCAAAAGUGGAAGAAAUAAACCUUAGUCACCCGGGGCUGUUUUAUGAGUGGGCCCCAGUGUGCUUAUAUGAUACUUAAUGGCACCAUAAAGGUGACUGGAAGUCAGGGUACUUCCCACUGUCAGCCAAUUGCCAACUCGCAUUACUCUCUACUCCAUUAAUGUCUUGGGCUUUCUGGUUAGCCUGGGUUUCCCACGGAGCUCAGACUUCACCUGCUGUUGAGCUGCCUCCUUCCUAUUUUCAGGGAACCCAGCCUUCAUCACAGAGAGAAGCGUGGCCUAUGCGUCCCUGGGAGAACCUUUUAACUUCAGCUCUAGGACCCCCUGUUAGGCAAGAACCCAUAGGCAGAAUUCUUGGCUUCAGUGGGAAGUAAGGAUCCAGGACUUCUGCUGCAUGAUUUAACUUUACUGUCACAAAUCAGUGCUCUUGAUCUAAGAGUGAGAAACUGAAUUGUCAGUGGUGAAUAUUAGACCUUCUUGUAAUCUCUAAUCAUGGAGCAAGCCAACGGCAAGUUGCAGUCAGUAGGAGUGCGACAAGGCUGUUUCUGCACCACUGGUCUCAGACACCACUUCAGGGCAGAGAUAUGGAAUGAGGGGAGGGGGCAGGUCAGGGAACAGGUACAGGGUAUCUGUGGCCAUAUGGACUUAAAUAAUUUCUGUUAUUUGAAGUGGAAAACUGAAAUGACCAAGAUGUUUUGUACUUAGAAACUCAGAUAUUGUGCUUUUAUAAUAAAUACCUUUCAGCAAAACGGAAGGUUGAGUACCUAGUGGAGCCCCACCCUGUGCCACAGCAAUGACCCAUCACCUUAACAGGCCAUCCAUCUGCAAACAAAAUCACCCUUAAUUGUCCAAAAUGUGGUAAGAGACUCGCUGACUUCCAGGCAGCCUGAGCCAGUCCCUCACUGCUCUACAUGCUGACGUCCACCUAGCUCAAAGUAGAUAUUCUGUAGUCUAGUUGAGUAGGUUUAUGCAAUUAAAAACAUAUAUAUACAUAUACAUAUUGCCAUAAUAUGAUGAUGUCCCUUUAAAUAGUAAAACUUUAAGUAGACAGAAACAAAGAAGUUUAGAGCAAUAAAGUGACUCACAAAUUUCUUUAAUUAUAUGCUGUUAAGACUGCAAUUCCUAAAAAGCCAUGGGGUAAAGAGAGGGUUUUGGACCCUUGGAUUUAUGAUCUGGGUUGGUUAGCUUACUAAAGGUUACCCUUAGCCUUACAAAAAAGAGAUCCUGCAGGUCUGCAGAGCAAUGCAAACCUUGUCUUCCUGAUCUCCGGGUGUUACAACCUGCUCUUCUUUCACUGUUGUUACACGGGAAAGUCUGUGAGACAGAACCUCUAUAACACAAGAGCCUGUCAAAGAAGGAAAACCUAAACCUUUUCCACUGAAACAAGCAAUAGAAAAGUGGUCAGAUUCCACCAGAUCAAAGGUGAAAAACUUGCAAGACCCAGAAGAACAAGGCAGUUCCAUCAAGUUGUGGCUCUCACGGUUUCACUGUAUUUGGAUCAUGUGGAGAUUGCAGAAUACUUUAAAACAUUUACUGAUUAUCCGUGACCUUGUUAAUGUUUAUAUGUACUGAAAGGGAAUAUCCACAUCAGAAAAGGAAAUUCAACACAUAACAGCCAUCAUCGUAGUUGCAUGUAAUAUCUGUGUAUAACAUAUAGAGUAAGUGAAUGUUUUCUUAUUUUCAGGAUACAAUAUGUAGUAUGUGUAAAUAGGAAAAAAAUGAUAAGGAUGGUAAAUUAAGUUAUAGCAUAUCAUGUGAUUUUUAAAAUUCUGUUCUCUUGUUAUUUAAUUUUAUUAAUGCUUCACCUCUAGGUUUGUGUUUAGGUGUAUAAUCCACCUUCCCAGCACGUGUGUCAGCUGAGAGCACACUGGCAAAGCCAUGCCAGCAGACCAGCACACAGAGCAUCCAUGGCUACUAAUUUAAUUCUGAUUUAUAGCUACGAUUUAAUAAAAUGGAUACACAGCA